AUGCAGGAAGCGCCAGCCGCGCUGCCCACGGAGCCGGGCCCCAACCCAGUGCCUGCGUUCCUCGGCAAGCUAUGGGCGCUGGUGGGAGACCCGGGGACCGACCACCUGAUCCGCUGGAGCCCGAGCGGGACCAGUUUCCUCGUAAGCGACCAGAGCCGCUUCGCCAAGGAAGUGCUGCCCCAAUACUUCAAGCACAGCAACAUGGCAAGCUUUGUGCGGCAGCUCAACAUGUAUGGUUUUCGGAAGGUGGUGAGCAUUGAGCAGGGCGGCCUGCUUAGGCCCGAGCGCGACCACGUCGAGUUCCAGCACCCGAGCUUCGUACGCGGCCGAGAACAACUACUGGAACGUGUGCGGCGCAAGGUGCCUGCGCUGCGCAGCGACGACGGCCGCUGGCGCCCCGAGGACUUGGGCCGGCUGCUGGGCGAGGUGCAGGCUUUGCGGGGAGUGCAGGAGAGCACCGAGGCGCGGCUGCGGGAGCUCAGGCAGCAGAACGAGAUCUUAUGGAGGGAGGUGGUGACUCUGCGGCAGAGCCAUGGUCAGCAGCACCGGGUCAUUGGAAAGCUGAUCCAGUGCCUCUUUGGGCCACUUCAGACAGGGUCCAGCAGCACAGGAGCGAAGAGAAAGCUGUCCCUGAUGCUGGAGGAGGGGAGCUCAUGCCCAACACCGGCCAAAUUCAGUGCUUGUCCCCUACCUGGUGCCCUCUUGCAGGACCCCUACUGUAUCCAGUCGCCCCUCCCAGAGACCGCCUUGGGCCUCAGCAGCUCUCACAGGGCCAGGGGCCCUAUCAUCUCUGACAUCCAUGAAGACUCUCCAUCCCCUGAUGGGACCAGGCUUUCUCCUUCCAGAAGUGGCAGGAGGGAGAAGGGCCUGGCACUGCUCAAAGAAGAGCCGGCCAGCCCAGGGGGGGAAGGCGAGGCCGGGCUGGCCCUGGCCCCAAACGAGUGUGACUUCUGCGUGACAGCCCCCCCGCCACUGCCUGUGGCUGUGGUGCAGGCCAUCCUGGAAGGGAAAGGGAACUUCAGCCCUGAGGGGCCCAGGAAUGCCCAACAGCCUGAACCAAGGGGUCCCAGGGAGGUACCUGACAGGGGAACUCUGGGCCUGGAGAGGGGGGUGCGGAGCCCAGAGCAUCUGCUACCUCCCAUGCUGCUUCAGCCCCCCACUGAAAGUGUGGAGCCCGCAGGGCCCCUGGAUGUGCUGGGCCCCAGCCACCAAGGGCGAGAAUGGACCCUGAUGGACUUGGACAUGGAGUUGUCCCUGAUGCAGCCCUUGGGUCCAGAGAGGAGUGAGACUGAGCUGGCGGUCAAAGGGUUAAAUUCUCCAGGGCCAGGGAAGGACUCCACCCUUGGAGCACCACUCCUGCUGGAUGUCCAAGCGGCUUUGGGAGGCCCAACUCUCGGCCUUCCUGGAGCUUUAACCAUUUACAGCACCCCUGAGAGCCGAGCCUCCUACCUAGGCCCCGGGGCCAAUCCCUCCCCCUGAGACCUGCUUUGCUCUGAAGCCAGCCUACCUGAGGGGCUGGCCUGCAGCAGCACCCCCUUCUGGGCUUCCUGGUGCCCUUGGAAGAGGCAGAACCAAGACCCUGCUACUUUGUGGUCCUUCUCCAUUACUGAGCCCUGCACAUAAACUGCAUUUUUUUCUGUG